AUGGCAGCGCUGUCUGUCAAAUACAAGCCUGCUGAAAUCCGAUCGAGAAGGGAGGGCGUGUGGCUGGCUGCUCAGGGCUCAGGGGCUGUCGACUUCCCUAGUUUCUCUCUCCACCUUGCCAUGAGCCGGUCAAAUUCCAAAACGAUCUAUGUCGGCAACCUGCCAGGGGAUAUCCGGAAGUCUGAAGUGGAAGACAUUUUCUACAAGUAUGGGAAGAUUGUUGAUAUUGACUUAAAACUCCCCCCUCGGCCCCCAGCUUACGCAUUCGUUGAGUUUGAGACCAUCGCUGAUGCAGAGGACGCUAUUCGGGGUCGGGAUGGAUAUGAGUUUGAUGGUGAGCGCUUGCGCGUCGAGUUGGCGCACAGCGGAGCGUCAAGAGACCGGGGGGACGGGCGUGGGGGGCGAGGGGAGGGGCGGGAGAGGUUCGGACCCAGUCGCCGGUCGGAGUUCCGGGUGCUGGUGACUGGCCUGCCCCCCUCUGCCUCCUGGCAGGACCUCAAGGACCACAUGCGCAAGGCCGGCACCGUCACAUUCGCCCAGGUGUUUCGGGAUGGCACAGGCAUCUGUGACUACGACUCCCUGGACGACAUGCGCUAUGCGGUGCGGAAGCUGGACGACACCGAGUUCAAGAACCCCUUCUCCUCGGCCUACAUCCGGGUGAAGGAGGACCGGGGGGGUGGCCGCCGCAGCCCGUCCGCAUCGCGCUCGCCGCGGCGAAAGAGCCGCAGCCGAAGCCGCAGCCGCAGCCGCAGCCGAUCUGCAUCACGCUCUCCGGCUAAGGCCCGGUCGGCGUCACCAGUAUCCGACUAGAGACCAGCGGAGCUUUAUCAUAGCAAUGUGUCCUCUUACGGAGUAUCAGCUUCGUGCAAUCCCUACCUACCACAUCAAGGUCCCUUUGCUAAAACCUGUGGCUGGCACCUUGUUCUAUAUCGCCAUUAUCUUCUUCUGGAAGGACAUCUUUGAAAUUCCGCACUUCGACUAUUGCAUGAGCCCUGUGCUCGUAUUCAGCAGUUGUGCAUGAGCAGUUUCUGCCUAUUCGAUGCGACUCUACUGUCCGCU